CGCGAAUAAAAAGUCCAGAAUAGUCGCGACAGUCCCCCAGCUGGUCGCCGAUGAACGUUCGUCUGUCGCCUUUCGCCUUGGCGACACAAUUGCGGGAAAGUCUUGUUUUUAAAACUCGUUAGAUCUUUGCUCUUUGUGCCUAGUGCAAAAUCCGGCAAUCUAACCGCAACGUUUCCGGCCGUUCGGCAAAUCCACACUUUAUCGUGUAAGCGCCAUUGUCGACAACAAGCGUCGCUGUGGACAUCCAGAUCCCCUUCCCAAUGUAGAUCUCGUCCUGCCUCGCAUGUCAAGAGCAGUUGUCAUUGCGCGUGGCAUGACGCUUAGCCCUCCGAGUGAUACAAAAGCAGGCUUUCGAACCCCCGCUCUCCCUGUGGCUACAGUACGGUAUGAAAACCCGAAAUCACCCAGGCUUUGCAAUCAGAGAACAGUAUCCUGUUGGUAAGCGUUUGAAAACAUCAGUUAAUUCAGUUGCGGCGAGUGUACGGCAGAGUCCGUCAACGCCAAGACGCAUGUUCGCUGCUGUUGUCAUACCGUCCAACCUGCAAACGCGAGAAAAAGCCAAACUAUAUUCGCUCGGCAGAUUAAGAACGAUGGCAAAAUCACCGGCAGUAUCACUAGAUCAUGAAAAGAAUGUUUGUCAAAAUGGACUCGUACUCCAGGGCAGGAUCUGGAAGGCCAAGUCGUGGACAGUCAGCCUUGCGCACAAACGCCGCGCAGAACUCCUCCAAGUAUGAUACAACGUCAUCGGCGAAAAUUCAUCGUGGUGGACGACGAUGAGGAUGAGGAACAAACCCAUACUCGUGCUAUCCCUGCCCCUUACGAGUAUGCCAAAGUUCUUGGAACGAUGGAACACACAAAACGCUUCAAUUUGGAUGAUCGUUCCAGAUUACCGUUUUGCUUUCCGGACGAUGAAGAUGAAGAUAUGGAUAUGCUUUCAGAUCUUCCUUCGAGUAGUGUCAUUGAUCUUGAAGAUCCUGGCAUAGUCAAUGAUCUCAAGAAUGACAAGAAUGCUUCUUCUACCGUAAGAUCGGGACACCACGCAUCUUACAAAUCUGAUGCCACAAUAUCGUCGAUGCGCAAUGUCGUUGCCCACUUGCCGCAUGCUCGCAUGAUGGCCACGACCACUCCAGCUGCGCCCGCGGUGCGCAAGCGUAGACGGACACCAAACAGUGAUGGUGAGAGUUCCGAAGGAAUGAGAGGUGCUGACAUAGACCAGGACGAUUUGUAUCUGAGCGACGACGCUCUGUCGAGACCGCGCCCGGUGAACCAUUUUAAGGAGGCCCUUAAAAACUAUAAGUCGCGAAAAAAGUUACGACUCGCAGAAGAACUUAACCCCGAAGAGUCUUUUACAGAAGGGGGGAUCUGUCAGAGUUCGGAAGGAAGUGACGAAGAUAAAAGCUAUCAUGAUAAUAGUGAUAGUGAUAUCGGCAAGCACCCCGAUAAAAUUUCCAGCGAUUACUCGGAUGACGACCUUCAGGGGUUCAUCGUUGAUGAAGGAGUAAGCGACGCAGAGGCGCUUGCCACUUUGCCCUCUAAUUUUCGCCUGGUCGCAUCAACCUUAUUCGAUUCAUUUCGAAUAUUUGUAGAAAUGUUGUUAGAGAUGGUGGUGGACCCCAGCUUUGGAGUUAGGGUAUACCAAACAAAGGAUGACCAAUACCUCCCACAUGUGCGUGCCCUCGAGAAUCGUCUAUCGGGUUAUCGUAUCUCCCUCGUUUCCUCGGAAGUUUGGCAGCCUGACUUCAGGCGAUCGCUCGACACUUGUCCACGAUUUCGCUGCUGGAGCGUUACAAGAAUUGGCGAUUGCGACGCAUGCGCGCGAUCAAAUCGUCCUGCAAGUAAAAGGAUCUUAUUAAGUGGGUGGCCGUACAACCCGGAUACUUUGCAGCCACUGCAGAACUGCUUGGAUGACUCUCCAAACAACGACAAUUCCGAAUUUGAUGAGCCCGACCUUUCCGCUGCGAGAACGAGGAGAAAGCGAAAGAGUCCAGCGUACACCUACAAUGUCGGAAGGUAUUGUUUCGCCCGGUCUAGACUAUAUCAUAAGUUGCGACAUUUCAAGUACGCUAUGCAAGAAAAGGUGAAAGAAUGGACCACGAAGCAGUCGGAGUGGUACGCAGAUUCAAGAUUAUCGUUCCGCGCCCUGGAAGAAGACGGGUUGGUGGAGAAGUUAUGGGCGGAUUUUGAAAAUUUGACGGAACACGCUGAAGAAUACGCGGCAGGCGAGACCCGGUCAAGAUGGAGAUAGUGAUAUUUACAUGUAGCAUAGUCAGUUGACGCAGGCAGAUUGCAUCUGAUUAAAAUGAAGUUCAAGGGAGGCCAUGCGGUGGUGCUUGCGGUGUCCAAUUGCAAAAUAAGAUGUACAGCGCAGUUUUCUUUU